UUCAAACAACCAACAAACUUCAGUACUUCCCAUUGCCUUACACAUUGUCGUUCAACUUGUCGGCGGUUCCGUUGACGGACAACGACACUUUUGUUGGUGGUAGCAGCUGCGGUGAUAGCGCUACUACGAGAACUUUGCUACUGUGGUUUUGUUCUGGCUGCUGAUGCCGAAGAACAACCAGCAACGACCGACCGACCCACCGACCUAGCUACCGGUCGUAAGAAAACAAUUGCGGCGAUCUCGGCAGUUCAACGUGGGCAUUCAAAUCGAACGGAUGUCCUGACGCGUUAUGUAAAUGACGGGCACACGUAACACUCAAACACAAGAAAGCUACCGCUAUACGCGCAUUGAAAUCGGGAUGUAUGUGCGUGUGCGUAUGUGAAUCACUAUAUGCAUGUGUGCGACAUGCUGCGAGCUAUGAAAAACUGUUGGCGAAUGUGAGUAAAAUUGUCGGAGAUUGAUUUCGCAAAGCAGUAAAAAAACAACCAUAACGAAAUACGAAAAAAUUAUGCGUCAACAUGCACAGCGUAAAGUUUUGCAAGCGCUAUUUGCACACUCGCCUACGAACACACCGAUAUGCAUUAAAAAGUAUGCAAUAAAAUACGCGUGACUUUGAUGCGUGAUGGAUUGGUGUCGUGUGUGCCAUUUUGUGUGAAGUUUUUGCCGGAAGAGCGCCAAUGAAGAGAGUGGGCCAAGAAAAAAUCUGCAAAGUAAAAAAGUGCAAAGUGGAAACAAAAUCGUAUAUUCACAAGUGAAUGAGUGGGAAAAUUGUAGCGAUUUAAAAUGAGUGGAGUUCGCGUAAUUUUUUGCAUGCAGUUAUUUACACACGCACACACAAAAAAUGUAACGACAUAAAUUCAAGUGAAUGCAUAAAAAAGUUUUGAAUGAAAAUCACAAAAAAAACAAAAACACUUUGCUUGGUAUAGCGCAACAGCAAAGGCGCGUGUAAUUUUUGUGUGCAAAUUGGCGGAAAGCGGAGAUAGCUGGGGAAAUGUGAAUAGAUGCCGUAUCCGAAUUGUUGGUUUUUCCACCAAAUGUGAAAAGUAAUGAUACUUGUGAAUGUUGAUGUGCUCAUAAAAGGUAAAGUUUGACGGAGGACAAAAAUAUCAACAGCACUUGCAGUCACCAAGAGUAAAACUCAAGCAGAUAACGAAAACCAAGGUGAUGCUAAAAUAACAACUUAGUUGAAGAACAGAGAAAUAAGCAGUGUAAGCAGAAAAUACCACAAAAAGUGAGUAGCAAAGCUGAAAGGAAUUGAAUAAAUGAAUGAAACAAAUAAAAAUAAUUGUCGAACAUCGCGGAUUGAUGGAAAAAGUGCAUUGUAAAGGGAGGAGUUAAAAAAAAAAUUAAAAACUAAUAAGAAGUGAAAUGGAAGAGCAAAAUGUAGAAAAAACACAACAAAAGAUCGAAUAGAAAAAGAAAAGUGAAAUAAGCGAAAUAAAUAAUUAAGAAAAAUGAAAAAUUUUAAAAUAUUAUUAAAUUAAAAAAUGAGAGAAUAAAAGAAUAAAUUUUAAAAUAAUUUAAAAAUUUAAUAACACUUAAAAAAAAGUUCAACAAAAGGAAAACACAACACACUGCAGUUGAACAAGAGGGUUAAGCGAAAAAAUUUUAAAAGAAUUUUAUGUAAUAAAAUAAAAAAGUAAGAUUAAAAAAUAAAAAAAAGUGGAAUAAAAAAGAAUGAAAACUAUUGGGAAAAAAUUAAAAAAUUAAAAUAUGAAAUAAAUUUACAAAAUGAAGACUUCAAACAUUUUUCAAUAAAAAAAAAUUAGAAUUAAAAAUACUACAGCUGAACAGGAGCGAGUGUGACGUGAAAACGACGUAGAAAAUGAGAGAUUUAAAAAAAAUAAAAAAUUAUAGUUUUAAGAAAACGUAUAGAUUAAAAAAUAUAAUAGAAAAUAAUUAAAAAAAUAGAUGUUAGAAAAAACUCCAGCAGCUGCACAAAAACGCUGACACUCGUGGAAAAUUAAGAAAAAAAAUAUUUAAAAAAAAUUUAAUUAAAAAAAAACAAUUAUUUAAAAAGUUAUAACUUUAUUUGAAUUUUUUUUUUCAAACAACCCGUGACAGAUAAAAGUAAUGUUGGAAAACACUAAGUAUACAUACAGUAAAGAAGAAAAACAAAAUACAACCGCAGAAUCAUAUAAAGUUGCAUAUAAAUGUAAAAGUAUGUGUGCGUUUGUAUUGGUGUAAACAGGAUGAAAAGAAAAAACACUGCAAAAGUGCAAGUAGUGAACAAACAAGAUAAGCGUUCUCUAAGAAUGACUAACUAGCAAAUACAAGAAUACAAUACCCGUACAAGCAUACAAUACAUUAAGCUCCAGGGCGUAUACGUAACCUGAACUCAGCGCAAAUAAAUGGAAUGAUUGGAUGAAUGAAAUUACUGCGCAGUGAAGCGAAGUCAAGUGCAUGCCAUCAUAUAAAGACUAAAAAGUACUCGUCGAAGAAGAAGAAUAUAAAAAAAAUGCAACAAAAACACAAUAAAAUUAGUGUUAGUGCAUAUUAAGGGAUUGCAAAAAAAGAUAAAGAAGUGAAAUGAAAAUGUUGAACAAAAACCAAAUUAAAGUUCCGAGGAAGUAAGUUAAAGAAAAAUAAUGAACUUGGGAAGAAACUUGUGCUAGAUGAACAGGGAGAAUAGGGAAAAGGGAGAAUAAAAGUGGAAAAAUUAGUAGUUAGUAAAUUUUUGCUGUGAUGCUGAGUGGAGGGUGAGGGAAGUAGGGAAGUUAAACAAAGUGAGUAUUAGAAAGAAAGCGAAGUAAAGAAAUGAAGGGAGAAUAUUAGAAGUGAAUGCAUGGGAAAUGAAUGUCUGAGAAGAUUGAAAAAAAAUGCGCCAAUUCAAUUAAAGUAUCCAUACUGGCAUAGAGUUGCGAUAAGAGUGCAUGUUCAAUGAAUUAAAUGAAAAAAUGGAAUAACUGUGAAUGAAACUAAAUCUUAGUGAAAGCAGCAAAAAAAAAAAAAUUGAUUGAAUACUGGAACGAUGAUACUGCAGGCGCAACCAGCUAUGCCAGCGGCAAGUAGCAAUGUAGACGUGAAAGGCUGCAAUCGCAUACUCAAAAGUAGAGGGCAAGCUACUUGCCACCCUUGCAUCAACCAUACUAAUAACGAAAAGAAGAAAAUAUCUACCAAUACGAUUAGCACACUUUUAGGCGAUGUGGGAUUAACACCGCUGCCACACGCCAACCCAAUAAUAGCGCGGCAUUUGCGGCGACGGCAAGCUUGUCGCAGGCGUAGACGCAGGUGGAAGGAGAAGGAAUACAAAUAUAACUACAACAAAGGAUCAGCAGGCAACCCUACUACACGUAGAAAUGGGAUUAAAAAGAGAAACGUAAAAAAUCGAGUGAGCUGCUGUACUGGCACAACAGGCAGCAUCUGCCGUACGAGGAAUAAUAGUGACAUUGGAACACGAAUAGGAAGCUUGUUGCAUGCGCCUAACAUCUACAGCAGCGCAUUACAAGCGCAUAGUUAUAAUUGGUUGCAAACAACUACGCCAGCAACCGCAGCAGUAGCACUAACACAAACAACAAUGGCGGCGGUAGUAGAAAAGCGCCUUGCAACGAGAGCGCCAAUAUUGUGUAUGUUCCAUGCACUAACAAAAACAGCAGCAACAAGAAAUUCCACAACAACAAUAACGCCACACUCAUCAAAGCCGGUGAAAUGCGAGCGGCUGACAAACAGACGAAAGCUUGUGGCGCCGACGGUGGCAAUGCGCCACAAAGCGCCACAACCGCACUUACCAACUGCUAGCACCAUCGAAUAUUUGCCUGCCACCCUAGAACACCAACAUCCUAAAGAAGAACAGCGACAGCAGGAGCAACAACCUGAUAUGCCUGCGGCGACCGCAUUCGAAGCAAGACUACAAGCAGAUGUUGAGCAAAUAGUAGUUGCUGGCGGCAAUGGUAGAAGCUCUGGUGUACGAUGUGACCAGCUAGAACAACACCAUUUAAUAUGUGAGUCCAAGCAGCAAGCAAAACAACAACAAAAACACUGCCUACAGGUACCAGCAAUAGCACAACAACGACAAGUUUCAAAAGAAAUCGUACAACAACGAAGUUGGCGAAAUUUAAUUGGAUAUGUUGCAAGUGGCACUAAUGCUACUUUCACAACACUGAAAACAACAAAAAUAACAACACUAGCAGCAGCUACAACUACUGUGAUGUCAAAUACUGCUUUGCUAGCAGCAACAAUUCAAGCUACAAAAAUCAAUGAAAAUGCGACAUAUUCAUCUGUCGAGGCGGUAACCGAAAAAAUACAACACAGUGCCGAACAAGCAACAACAGUCGUACAAACUGAAAGCGUGAAAGCAACAGUAACAAUAAUGCCGACACGGCAACAUGCGCCGAAUAUUGGUGCGUGUAAAUCCAACUGUCGAAAAACAUUCGCGUUGACAAGCGCAUUAACGCCAAUGAAGAAAACAACUGUAAUAAAAGCUGUGAAAAAAACUGCAAAAAGAACAACAAUGCCAGCAACAUUGUUUGGCGAUAUUUUGACACUGCUUGUUAGCGCGCUGACGUUGCAUGCCACAGAUUUGGAUAUUUCGAAAUAUGUCGACGCCAGCGCCACCUCGAAAAUAAAUAAUAUUUUAAGGUAUGAAAGUCUAAUAACUGCCAAGAAAAUUCCUCUACCUAUCCGAGGCGAACAAACGUGCACGGACCUGCAAAUGAGCUGCUUUUUACAGUGGGUUUUUCAUUUUCCAUCAGUGCAGGGGGACUGCCACGCGCACCGACACUGAAAUGCCUUAUUUCAAAAACUCUAAGACGUAUGAAAUAAUGUGUACAAUAAAAUCGAUAAUUUGAACAAAUAUUAAAAUGUUUUUGCUUUUUAUUUAAUUUUUUUUUAAACAGUAAACUUCGUAUAUUACUCUGCCUGUAGUUUUUGUUGAAAUCCAUGGUAAAAAUUUGGAGCAAGGGAAACAUUUGAAAAAAGGUAAUACUUUGAAAAUGUUUCAUUCGGGGAUAAAAGGGCUUGUUUUAAGGUUUCUUUGGUGAUCCAGCUAGUAGCCAUGUUCUUUUGUGUACGACUUGCAAAAGAAUAUUCCAGCUCGGCUGAUUCAGAUAUGGUGGCACUGAUAUAAACUGUCAAUGAUUCACAAAAAACAAUUCAAUAAUAAAAUAACAGCGUUCAAGACCAAAUGACGUUUGAAUCGAAAUUUCUAGCUCAUGCUGGGCAAGGACAUAGAAGGUGAAUCAUAAUUAAACGCUUGGACAAAAUUUUCCUAAAUUUGCAUUGCACGAUAUUUAAAACUGAGCAAGUGGCAGUGAAUAUCCGGAGGUGUCUCGAAAAUGAUGCCAUCAUAACUCGCAACAGAAGCAUCUGAAACUAAGAAAUCAAAGUGGAUUUGUUAAAGAAGACAAUUACGGAAGUAACUGUGAAAGAUUUUUUUUCCAUUUCUAAAUUUUGCAAAGCACUUGGAACCCAUAUAACUGAUUUUCGCUGACUCGCAGCUGCCAAGUUUGCUACUUUCUUGUCAUCACGCCAGCAGAAGAAGAUUAUUAAAUAUGAAAAAAGUUCAUAGAGGUUCCUUGUGAAUUAUGUAAACAAGU